CAACAAAACAUUCCGCUGUCAGCCAAUUCACGGCUCUGUUCAAGUGUUAACGGCGCUCAGAGGCCUUCACACAGACAGGAAAUUUAUUUACUUUCAAAUGCGCAACUUCUGUUACUGGCCACAAUCGAGAACCUACCCGAGUUAAUGCGAAACUGACCCGGAGUCUGUGCAGGGUGAAGUCGGGGGAGACGGACAGGAAAAAAACAAAGAUGGCUGUGUAGCCAGAGAGACAAGUCCCAACAGAACUGUCUCUAUCCGCGGCUUUAAUCACCGACACGUCCCGUGGGUCCCGUGGACAGUCAGCCCGUACCGGAGCAGGGACGCAGGGAGCAGCCGAGCUGAGCCGCUGGUGCACGUCGUUGUAAUCUGCUGUCAUUGCGAAUAACGGCGUCGAGAGUGCAACAACAGCUGAGAGUUGUUUUUGUUCUGCUGGGCAAAGGGAGAGGACUGCUGUGUUUUUGUCAACGCAGCUAGCCGCAUAGUCUGCUAGCCUCACUGUAAGUCAACAAAACUAGUCGACAUUUGAUCUAACAGAUAGUCAGAAAUAGAUUUUGCACAUGAUCUCGUUAUUACAUUUCGAUUGGCUUGUUAAAAUCCCAGUUGGUACGUGUAUGGUGGCAUUAAUAAUAAGUUAGCUGCAUUGCUUCCUGACAGCCUGCUGCCGAGGCGUUAGCUUAGCUCACGUUAGCUUGCUGUCAGCUGACCGUUAGCUUGACAGGUUGUAAGCUAGCCCUGAGCUAACUGCUAAUAUUUUGGGCUCAGCCUGGUCGCGACAGGUACCUAUCACACAUUUUGAGACAGCCAUCGCCAUGUCUUCACUGGAAGAGAGAGACGUGGGCGUUGCGGCCGCCCCUGGCUCCUCCUCGGCCGGCCUUGGGGUCGGGGCCGUGGGGGCAGCGGUGGAGGCUGUCGCCGGGGUCGCAGCCAUGCAGGAGGAGGUCGGGAUACGACGAGAAGGGCCCGAGCCUGACCCAGACGAGCCACCCAAGAAGAGGGUGAAAAUACCCGAGGGAGAGUCAGGGAAGCUGGAGGAGAGACUGUACUCAGUGCUGUGCUGCACCGUGUGCCUAGACUUGCCCAAGGCGUCUGUUUACCAGUGUACCAAUGGACACCUGAUGUGCGCCGGCUGUUUUAUCCACCUCCUAGCUGACUCCCGUCUCAAGGAGGAGCAGGCCACGUGUCCCAACUGCAGGUGUGAGAUCAGCAAGAACCUGUGCUGCAGGAACCUCGCAGUGGAGAAGGCUGUCAGUGAGCUGCCGACAGAGUGUACCUUCUGUCUAAAACAGUUCCCCCGCUCCAGCUUAGAGAGACACCAGAAAGAGGAGUGCCAAGACAGGGUGACACAGUGUAAGUACAAGAGGAUCGGCUGCCCCUGGCAAGGUCCGUUUCAUGAGCUGCCAGCGCAUGAAAGUGAGUGUUCUCAUCCAACGAAGACUGGUACAGAGCUGAUGGGAAUUCUGGGGGAGAUGGACCAGAACCACCGCAGAGACAUGCAGCUCUACAACAGCAUCUUUAGCCUGCUCUGCUACGAGAAGAUUGGGUUUACAGAGGUUCAGUUCAGGCCGUACCGCACCGAUGACUUCAUCACUCGCCUGUACUAUGAAACACCGCGCUUCACUGUUCUCAACCAGACGUGGGUGCUGAAGGCCCGCGUCAAUGACUCCGAGCGCAACCCCAACCUCUCCUGCAAGCGCACCCUCUCCUUCCAGCUCAUCCUCAAGAGCAAGGUGAACUCCGCCCUGGAGUGCUCCUUCCUGCUGCUGAAAGGACCGUACGACGACGUGCGGAUCAAGCCGGUCAUCCACCACCACGCCUUCAGCAACGACGCCAACGAGACCGACUACGUCCCUCUGCCCAUCUCCGACUCGGUGGAGUGCAACAAACUGCUGGCCGCCAAAAACAUCAACCUGCGCUUGUUCAUCUUCCAAGUCCAAAAAUAAAGAGCGAGAGAAGAGAUGAAGGAGGAGGAGGAAGAGGAUGAAACGGACGAGGAAGAAGAAGGAGGAGAAGAAGAAGCAGCGGAGUGAUGGAAGGCGAGAGAGGAUGUAAUGAUUAAAGAGAGACACCACUGAACCAUUGAUACCUCUUAACACCUACACACAUACACUCAUGCUCAAGCACGCACACACACACACACACACACACACACACACACACACACACACACACACACACACACACACACACCUUUACGCAGGGUACUCACGUUUACACACACACACACACACACACACACACACACACACACACACACACACACACACACACACACACCACUAAUUACACUUACCUCCUUUUACAAGAUAGUGAGACCCCUUGCUCGAGAAAGCUGUGAGUUGCUAUGGAGAUGGGUGGGCAUUGAUAUGGGAUGGAGGGGUGGGGUGUUGGCGGUGGAGGAGGGGGCUCCGAGACGGUUGGCGUGUACCUGCGGACCUUUUCACCCGUGACACCCACAGCCGAAGGUAGCGCACACGCCAACCAAAGCAGGGUUUGCUGGAUGUCGCGUGCAUGUUUAUGUGUGUGUGUGUGUUCGUGUGUGUGUUCGUGUGUGAGUUCAGAGUUCAUCGACGGACACCGGAGUGCAGCCCGAACUCUGCUCGCAUGUUCAAAUGUCCCAAAGACGUGAUAAUGUGAAAACAGAGCCAUUGACUCUACUGAGCUGUUCUUUGGACAUGUGAAUGGAGGUGGAGGGUGUGUGUGAGUGUGUGUUAAUGUGUGUGUUUUCCCCUUCUCUCUCGACACACUUUACACCCGAGUUUCGUCAACAGUUUCCUCCUGUUUUGGCAAAAACGACCACGUCGCGUGUCGGACUUUGCCACAACAGAUGAAAGUACCCCCUUCCACCUUCCAUCAAGAGGAGAGACGGCCUGGCUGCAUGCAUAUUUUAGUUCUUCGGAUUAUUCCUCCAGCUGUGGUUAUAUUUAACCUCCAACACUAAUACCAUUUUUAUUUCUCUUAACCCUGAAUAUUUAAGUACAUGUGAACUUCUUUUUUCUUUUUAGUUGGGUUUUUAGCGUGUGAAUGGCUGCCCGUUUGUGUGUGUGCGUGAACAGAUCACAACUGUGAGUUCCUUGUGAACGUGUCCCCACGUGAACAACUGUACAAUCCUCGAGGACAUAACUAGCAAGGCUGGAUUACCACCAAAAACCCCUCAAGUUCCACCGUGUCGGUUGCUUUCUGGUAAUUUAAUCGCUCUCUAAUUUGUUGGGAAUUUUCGUUGCUCAGGUGAAACACGAACUGGAUGGCAGAAUCUCUGUAGUUUUACCACUUUAAGGAUUAUAGCUCGUAUUAUAAUCACAUGGUGCAUUUUUCUCUCUUUCUUUAAAGGGUUUAUUGUUUUGUUCCAAGCUGUUCCUUUAAAAUGACCUGAUUUCAAAUUAAUCAAAUCAAACACUCCUCAAAAUGUCAGUAAAAAUCAAAUCCUCCUAAAUCGGCUUGCGCUUUGUCAAAUUACCACAAACUGAUUGACCCACAGAAAACCCGAGGACACGUCGUAUUGCAGUAUAAGAGCACUACUAGGAUUCACUCGGCUUCUUGUUGCCUCCAGCCACCAAUUUUUUUUGCUCUCGGCCCCAUGAGGACGAGUCGACAGCAGCCCAAACUGUGAGAGUCUCAGGGCGAUCCGGGCUCAAAUCAGCAGCCCUCUUGAGAAAACUUUUUUUGUUCUUUGGAAGCGAGACAUCAGGUGGUGAUGGAUGGUGGGUGUUUGUUCGUGUGUGUGUGUGUGUGUGUGUGUGUGUGUGUGUGUGUGUGUGUGUGUGUGUGUGUGUGUGUGUGUGUGUGUGUGUGUGUGUGUGUGUGUGUGUGUGUGUGUGUGUGUGUGUGUGGGGCAGGGGUGGCAACGGGGAGGGGUUUACCUUACCAUGGUGACAUAUUAGUGUUAGACUUACUUGAACGAAAACGAGAAGAUGUUACUUAAAGUAGAUCCUACUGUAAAGCAGAUAGAUCUCUCUCCUCCUGACCUCUACUUCCUGUAUUUCUGUGUUUUAAUGCUUUGUCUCUAUGCCAGUGGACUCACUCAUCUCACUAUUGGCUGUACAUGUGCCUUUUAUUAAAGAUCAUGGAACCUGC